CUAUACACACCUGAAACCUCUCUCUCUCUCUCUCUCUCUCUCUGUGUCUGUGGUUGGGUGUGGGGUUUCGGUUGCGGAUGGAGGGAUUGCCAACCACCGUGAAGGCGGAGCGGCGGUGGAGAUCGAAGCCCCUCCAGACCUCGCGCCCUUCCAUCGUCAUGGCCUUCUUCUCUUGCGUCGCCUGGCUCUACGUCGCCGGCAGGUUGUGGCAAGAUGCGGAGAACAGGAAAUUGCUGACUAAUCUUCUCAGUAAGAACUUGGACAAGAGGCCAAAAGUACUGUCACUCGAAGACAAAUUGGCAGUCCUGGGAUGCAAAGAUCUGGAGAGAAGAAUCGUUGAAGCUGAGAUGGAAUUAACUUUAGCUAAGAGUCAGGGGUACCUCAAAAACCAGAUUCAGAAAAGCAACACUGCUUCUGGUCAAAAGCUUCUUGCUGUGAUUGGUGUUUAUACUGGAUUUGGCAGUCGUUUAAAGAGAAAUGUGUUUAGAGGGACAUGGAUGCCUAAAGGUGAUGCAUUGAGAAAGCUUGAGGAAAGAGGAAUUGUUAUACGUUUUGUAAUUGGUCGGAGUGCUAAUCGAGGCGACAGCCUAGAUCGCAAUAUUGACGAGGAAAAUCGCACGACUAAAGAUUUCUUGAUCCUCGAAGGACAUGAGGAAGCUCAAGAAGAGUUGCCCAAGAAAGCUAAGUUCUUCUUUAGUACUGCAGUUCAAAUGUGGGAUGCAGAGCACUAUGUGAAAGUUGAUGACAAUAUUAACCUUGAUUUGGAGGGGUUAAUCGAAAUGCUGGAUCGCCGUCGUGGUCAAGAUGGUGCUUACAUUGGGUGCAUGAAAUCAGGAACCGUGAUUACAGAAGAGGGAAAGCCUUGGUAUGAACCUGAUUGGUGGAAGUUUGGAGAUGAAAAGUCGUAUUUCCGGCAUGCAUCGGGUUCACUGCUUAUACUCUCAAAAAAUCUGGCGCAGUAUAUCAAUGUAAACAGCGCAUCGCUGAAGACUUAUGCUCAUGACGAUAUAUCAGUCGGAUCUUGGAUGAUGGGUCUUCAAGCAACAUAUAUAGAUGACAAUCGUCUUUGUUGCAGUAGCAUUAGACAAGACAAGGUAUGCUCUGUGGCUUGAAGAUAGGAUGAGCUUCCUUGGACAGUGUUCUAUUCAUGGCCAACUUGCUCCUGGAUUUGUUUGUUUUGGGAUUCGGUGAUCCAAACAGACACUGACGUUGAUGUCUCCAUGUUACACUAGCACUAGUGAGCUGCAUAGAUCAUUUUUUUUAGUGUAGAUAUAAAUUACAGAAUGUUUUCUGGAGAGAGGAGAA